AUGCCUUUGAACCUGGUCUCUGUACUCUAUCUCAUCAUUCAAGCUCAAGCACUAAUCAUAGAGCAAACACCUGAAUCAGAGUACUAUGAAGUUGUUCAUCCCAAAAAACUACACAGUUUACACAAAAGGGAAUUGCAGAACAAAGUGAAAGAGAAAGAUCGCGAAGAGGAAAGAUAUGACUCUGAAAUUCAAUAUCAGAUUAAAAUAAAAGGAGAAGAUGUCAUUCUUUACCUACAAAAAACCAAGCAUCUUCUGGGACCUGACUACAGUGAAACAUAUUACUCCCCCACAGGAGAGGAAAUCACCACCAGUCCUCAGAAGGAACACUGCUACUAUGAAGGGCACAUCCUAAAUGAAAAGAAUUCUGUUGCCAGCAUUAGUACUUGUGAUGGGUUGAGAGGUUACUUCACACAUCACGAUCAAAAUUACAUGAUAAAGCCUUUGAAAAGAACAGAUGAAGAAGAACAUGCUGUCUUCACAAAUAAUUAUGAAGAGUUAAAUCCAGUUAAUCACACCUGUGGCAUGAGACAUGUGGGUAAAGAAUCUCUUAUUCGAUCUGCAAGAUCUCCCAUAAGCCCAGAACAAAAAGAAUUUCUUCAAGCUGACAAGUAUAUCAGUCUCUUUUUGGUGCUGGAUAAUGCCUUUUAUAAUAAUUUUAACAGAAAUGUAACUAGGAUAAGAAGCUUUAUCUUUGAAGUGAUGAACCUACUCAAUGUGAUUUAUAGAACCAUAAAUAUUCAAGUGGUCUUGGUAGGUAUGGAAAUAUGGUCGAAUGGUGAUAAGAUAGAGAUGUCAACCACGAAAAAUGAACUCUUUACCAAUUUCAAGAAUUGGCAUCGUUCCAGCUUUCGAAGUCAGAGGAUUCAUGACCACAUUCAGUUACUCAGUGGAAUUGACUUCAACAACCGACUAGUGGGAUUAGCAGCCUCCAACUCCAUGUGUUACUUAUCUUCAAUUGCUAUUAUUGAGGCUAAGAACAAGAACAGUGUGUCUCUAGUAGGAGUCAUGGCACAUGAACUGGGCCAUGUCCUUGGCAUGCCUGAUGUUCCUUAUAACACAAAAUGCCCUUCUGGUAGUUGUGUGAUGAGUCAGUAUCUGAGUUCAAAAUUCCCAAAGGAUUUUAGUACAAUCAGCCGCUCACGCUUUGAAAAAUACCUUUUAUCUCAUAAACCAAAGUGCCUGCUGCAAGCACCAAUUCCAAAAAAUAUAAUGACAGAACCAGUGUGUGGAAACAAACUUCUGGAAGUAGGAGAAGAGUGUGACUGUGGGUCUCUCAAGGAAUGCACCAGUCCUUGCUGUGAGGCUAAGACCUGUAAAUUAAAACCUGGAGCUGGCUGUGAAAACUCUCUCAACUAUAUCAAAGAAUGAAUAAAAAAUCUUCAGUGAAAAGCUACUUUGCCAAAGACAAGAAUCAAUAAUUCUACACAUGCCAG